AUGCGCCGUAUGGAUGGGAGGUGGUCUGAUCAGAUGAAAUGGAGAACAUUGAGUGAGGGGGAAGUAGCCCUAAAGAACCAUUUUCUUGCUGCAUCGAGCGAGUUCGUCGGGACCGUCCUCUUCCUCUGGUUCGCCUUCGCCGGGACGCAAGUAGCCGCCAUGACCAGCGCCAGCGCCAGCGCCAGCGACACCAUCACCCCGCAGCGCCUACUCUACAUCUCCCUGAGCUUCGGCAUGUCCCUGCUGGUAGUGGCGUGGGCCUUCUACCGGAUCUCCGGCGGGCUCUUCAACCCCGCUGUAACACUCGGCCUCUCCCUGGCGGGGACAAUGCCCUGGCUCCGCUGCGCAUUUCUGGUGCCCGCCCAGAUCCUGGGCGGCAUUGUGGCCGCCGCGCUGGUCUCGUGCAUGUUCCCGGCGCCGAUCGCGGUCGUGCAGACGCGGCUCCACGCCGACACCUCCAUCGCGCGGGGCCUCUUCAUCGAGAUGUUUCUGACCGCGCUGCUGGUGGUCACGAUCUUGAUGCUGGCGGCGGAGAAGCAUAACGCCACGUUCCUGGCGCCCGUGGGCAUCGGGCUGGCGCUGUUUGUGGCGGAGUUGGCCGGAGUCUACUUCACCGGCGGCUCCCUGAACCCGGCCCGCUCGUUCGGCCCCGACGUCGCCGCCGCCAGCUUCCCGGGCUACCACUACAUCUACUGGGUCGGGCCGCUGAUGGGCGCGCUCCUGGCCGCCGGGUACUAUCGCUUCGCGAAGGCGUUCAACUACCCCGAGGCGAAUCCGGGGCAGGAUGCGACGGAGCCGAAGGAGCAGGAGCACCAGCAGGAGGAAGAGCAGGAGCACCAGUCCUGA